GCAUCCUUACAGGCACAGUCCUCAGUCAAUCAGGGUAGAUGUGAUUGCACUGGGGGGACCUUAAGAAGCUUAGGUGGAGGAAGCACAGACCCAGCCAGGCCCUCUCCUGGGCAGUAUGUGCCCCUCCAAGACACUGGUCAACCAACCAGCCCCAGGCACUGCAGGGCAGGAAGGGGGACAGUGAACUGCACCCACAGUCCAGACAGCCUCCACAGAAAGCUGGUUACUGGGCAUCACCUUGUGUUGGCAAGAACUCUUGGAACAGCCCUACCAACAGGGAGACUUGUGCUUGUUUAACCCACCUAAAGCUCUGUGUGUGUAAUGCCUGAGGAGCUCUCUCAGGCUCCCUAGGGUGCUGCUCCAAAAGUGAAAACAUGAAGCUCCUCUUCCCACACCCAAAGUGCUAGGACAGAAAGCUGUCGCUUAGUGUCACCUACACAUGGUGAACACUUGAACAGCCACGUCAACAUGGGGUCUGCAUUUAUUUAGCCACCUAAUGCUCCUGCAUAAUGCCAGUCUGAGGACCUCUCUAAGGCCCUCCAUAUUCCAGCUCCAAAAGUGAUUGCAUCCAGCCACUGUUCCUUCACCAAAGGUGUCAGAACAGUAAAGCUGGUGCUGGGCAUCAGCUACAUGGAUGAACACCAGAACAGCCCCACCAACAUGGGUUUCUGCACAUAGGAUCCUGGGGACACUGAGCACCCUCAGGAAGUGGCAAGGGAUAAAGUGAGGAAUAAGCUCCCUGUGGAGGAGCUGAUCCCACUGCCAUGGCUCAGCUGUGGCUGUGCUACGCCAAGGGCCACAACGGCCACGUCUGGCGCGCAGGGAAGGAGAAGGAGCCCCUGGAGCAGCUUUACCGCGUGGGACCGCUGCUGGGGAGCGGCGGCUUCGGGUCCGUGUACUCGGGGGUCCGCCUGUCCGACAGCGCCCCGGUGGCCAUCAAACACGUGGCUCGGGACCGCAUCUCCUCGUGGGGCGAGCUGCCCAACGGCACUCGAGUACCAAUGGAGAUAGCCAUGCUGAAGAAGGUGGGCUCUGGCUGCAGCGCCAUCAUCCACCUCCUGGACUGGUUUGAGCUGCCCGACAGCUUCGUGCUGGUGCUGGAGCGUCCGGAGCCGUCACAGGAUCUGUUUGACUUCAUCACGGAGCGGAGGUUCCUGCCUGAGGAGCUGGCGCGGGGGCUGUUCCUCCAGGUGCUGGAGGCUGUGCGACACUGCCACAGCUGCGGCGUCGUGCACCGAGACAUCAAGGACGAGAACAUCAUCAUCAACCUGUCCACCGGAGAGCUCAAGCUCAUCGACUUUGGCUCCAGCACCUUCCUCAAGGACACAGCCUACACCGAAUUUGACGGUGAGCCCAGAGCUGGGGGGAUGCUCCCAGUCCCAGACAGUGCAGGGCCCAGCCUGGCUGGGCACCGGCAGUUCCCUGCGUUGCUGGAGGGGGAGUUCAUUCUCCAGCAGCUGCCAAGUUGCUUUUUGGUUUGGGAUCACCAAUGCAACCCCACAUCCUCGGGGAUGCUGGGGCAGGGACCCGGGAGCAGGCAGCAUCCUCCUGCUGAGCUGUGCCUGUACCCUGUAGGACCAUGCGUCUACAGUUUGCCACAGUGGGUCCACUACCAUGGCCAUCCAGCAGCCAUCUGGUCACUGAGCAUGCUGCCUUAUGACAUGGUCUGCAGGGAUGUCCCCUUUGAGCGCAACAAGGACAUCAUUGAUGGGGAGCUCUUCUUUUGGGUUUGGGAGGUGGCUCUGGCCACACAAGCAACCUGCUCUGAGAGCUGUGGAGGAGGCUCAUCUGCCUUGGUCAGCUGGAGGAGGCGGCACAUGUCCUGCCAUCCUGCUCUCCUCAAGGACACAUCAUGGAUCACGAGGUUUGGGUGCAGCUCUGAGCACACCCAGCACCUCCUGAGCGCUGCAGACAGUGGCACAGGGUGGACAGGAGCCUCCUGCGACUCACAGUGGGUCCCGCUUCUCUCCCCAGAGUGCCAGCACCUCAUCCGGUGGUGUUUAUCCCUGCACGCUUCCGACAGACCAUCCCUGGAAGACAUCUUCAACCACAUGUGGCUGCAAGCCCUUCACCUGCCCCAGGAGACAGCCGACAUCCACCUGCACAGCCUCAUCCAGGAGCCUGGCAAGUGACAGCUCCAGGCGGCUCCUGGCCACAAGCGGCACAGAAUCCCAGACUUGUCCUUGUGAGCACAGAACUGAGCAAGGAUCCUCAGGUGGCACCUGCACACCUUGUCCUGGACCUCGUCUUCCAUGCACCAGUGGCCGCCAUCCGGCCCGGCUACCCUGGGCUUUGUGUUGUUGUUUAGUUUGCUUUGUUUUGGUUUCUUCUGGUUUGUUUUCGGGGGGAGAUCGGUGUUUGCCUUUGUCCAUUUUGGGUUUCAGGGGGACUGCGGUAGAGUUUUGGGAUUGGCUUUUCAGGGGAGGUUUGGGAUUUUGGGCGAUUUGGGCUUUUUUGGGGGUGGGUUUUAUCAGGGAGCUGGGGUUGGGGGUUGGGUGUAGGUUUUGUGGUUUGUUUUUUGUUGUUGUUUUGUUUUCUUUGUUUUGUUUCUGUUUUGUUCCUGGGCUUGGAGGCUCCCAAGUGUCUCCUGACCUGCUGGGUUCAGGAACACAAGAGGAACAGGGACCUUCUUGUGAGGAAAGCUUCCACAGGGAAGAACUGCUGGCGGGGGCAGGUCCAGGGUGGUGCCUCUUCUCCUCUGGCCCCUGCUCCAGUGCCUUCAGUUGCCAUCUGGGCUGUGCUGGAGGAAAUACUUGAAUUUUCCUACUCUGGUGCUUUUCUGAGACUCGCCUGGAUCUCCAGCUCCUUCCCAGGAAGGUCAGAGGACACGCGGGAGCCCAGCGGGCAAUGCCUCCGGUGCCUCCAUCUCACGUGGAUUCGUCUGGGGUUCCUUGCAUCUGUGCCCUCACAAAUGCACAAACAAUGCAAACCAACAGAGCUGUAAAUAUGGACAAAGAGAGGAGCAAAGUCUGUUGUACAGUUGUUAAUAGUGAUAAGAUUUGACCUUUUUUCUUGUUGCUCCAGUUUUGGUUUUUAACUUAUUUUCAUGAAUUUGUUUUGUUUUUUUUAAGAGUUCUAGCCAGUGGGCAGUUAUUUAUUUAUUUAUAAUUCCCAUGGGUUUCCAACCCGAGCCUUGCUCCUGCAGCUGCUGAUCCCCUGGUUUUCCAUUGGGGUCUUCCCUCCGUGUGUGUCCUGUGUCUGCCCCCAGGUCCGUAGUGUUCCUGCCAGCAGCCUGGGGGGGUGUGGAGCGGCUGCCUGCUCCCAGCUCCCUGUGCCCACAGCUGGGGCUGCUGCUG